CUCCCCCUCCCCCGCGCCUCGUCACCGUUCCGAUCUCUCUCUCCUCUCCAUCUCGUUCCUCCCCCACCUGCGCAGCCAAGAAGUUCAAACCCUAGUCCAGCCUGCGAGCGCCGACACGUCGCGCCGUGCGGCUUCCCGCGAGCAGGGGCUCCGGCCGACCGCGGGGGGGAUGAGCGGCGCAGCCUACAGGGACCGGGGAUUCGGCGGCGCCGCGGAGAUGGACCGGAAGCGCAUCAAGGAGGCGCUCGAGAAGCACACGGAGAGGCCGUCCCCGUCCACCUCCAGGGGGGCGUCCAGGGAGAAGGAGCUGCUCGCCGCCGGCAAGAUAACCACUCAGAUCGGCAAGGUCCCCAAGGUCUCCGACGUCGAGGAAUUUGAAACUGAUAGUGAAGAUUCUGAUGUUAGUGGUUCUGAAGGAGAGGACACAUCUUGGAUUUCAUGGUUCUGUAGCUUGCGAGGCAACGAAUUCUUCUGUGAGAUUGAUGAUGAUUAUAUACAGGAUGAUUUCAAUCUCUGUGGCCUAAGCAGUCAGGUGCCAUAUUAUGAUUAUGCACUUGAUCUCAUCCUAGACAUCGAGUCUUCUAAUGGUGAUGUAUUCACUGAGGAGCAAAAUGAAUUAAUCGAGUCAUCUGCAGAGAUGCUGUAUGGUUUAAUUCAUGCACGGUACAUCUUAACCAGCAAGGGUCUAGCUGCAAUGUUAGAAAAGUUCAAGAACUAUGAUUUUGGCAGAUGCCCUCGAGUAUACUGCUGUGGUCAACCCUGUCUUCCAGCAGGGCAAUCAGACAUUCCUAGGUCAAGCACAGUGAAGGUGUUUUGUCCAAAAUGUGAAGAUUUACACUAUCCAAGGUCCAAGUACCAAGGCAACAUUGAUGGAGCAUACUUUGGUACGACAUUCCCUCAUCUCUUCUUGAUGACAUACCCACACCUGAAGCCACAGAAGCCAUCACAGCAAUACGUCCCAAGGGUUUUUGGCUUCAAACUUCACAAGCAGUCAUGACGAACUUUUACCAGCGGGCGCUAUUUGUUUUUACCUAGUGUUAGAGAUGGAACACCUUGGCCUGAAAAUGUUGUGGCCUCUUGAUUCGAGUACUCGCGAGCUCGAAUCUUGCUGUAAACUGCUGAGCAACUGUAUCUGUUUUCUUGUAUGACUCUUGUGUAAUCUAGGUUUCCUCACUUGAUCAAUCUAUGCACAUUUGCAUGUUA